UGCCUCGUUGCGCCGCGCCUUCCCCCGGGCUUCCCUGCUUCCGACCCGAGACCCUCGCCCGUGUCCCAGUGCAGAGCAGUAUUGGGGCCGGUCUGGUGUCGCCGUUGUCGCCGGUGGUUCUGCAGUCGCCGCUGGGUCAGCGGUUGCGAGCGGCAAGACUGACAGGGUUGUUAGGCGAAAAUCAGCAAAACUCGUUGGCGGCCGAUGCCCCAGGGGAGCCUGCAGACCGCAGAGACCUUCGCGACGGGCUCUUGGGAUAACGAGGAAAAUUAUGUUUCACUGUGGUCUUUUGGAGAUUUUGGCAACUUCGACUCGGAUGGAGGUUUUGGAGGAGACCAUCAGUUAUUGUGUGAUAUCAGACACCAUGGUGAUGUAAUGGAUUUGCAAUUUUUAGACCAGGAAAGAAUUGUAGCAGCUUCAUCAACAGGAUGUGUGACUAUUUUCCUUCACCAUCAGAAUAACCAGACACUGUCAGUCAACCAGCAGUGGACAACAGCGCACCGCCACACUGGGCUGGGCAGUCCCUCCUAUAGCAGCGCCCCAUGCACUGGGGUCGUGUGCAACAACCCUGAGAUCGUCACAGUCGGUGAAGAUGGUAGGAUAAAUCUCUUCAGAGCUGAUCACAGGGAAGCUGUGAGAACAAUAGACAAUGCAGAUAGCAGUACGCUACAUGCUGUAACCUUCCUUCGAACUCCUGAGAUUCUGACAGUAAAUUCAAUUGGACAGUUAAAAAUAUGGGAUUUCAGACAACAAGGAAAUGAGCCUUCUCAGAUAUUAUCACUGACUGGUGACCGAGUGCCACUCCACUGUGUUGACAGACAUCCCAACCAGCAGCAUGUUGUAGCCACUGGUGGCCAGGAUGGAAUGCUGAGCAUUUGGGAUGUCAGACAAGGUUCUAUGCCAGUGUCUCUUCUGAAGGCUCAUGAAGCUGAAAUGUGGGAAGUUCACUUUCACCCAUCCAACCCAGAUCAUCUAUUCACUUGUUCUGAGGAUGGAUCCCUCUGGCAUUGGGAUGCCUCCACAGACAAACCUGAGAGAUCAUCACUCUUUCAACAAGGUGGAAGAAGUAGUACUUUUUUGUCUCAUAGCAUAAGUAACCAGGCUAAUGUCCACCAUUCUCUACUAAGUUCCUGGCUCAGCACUGAUCCUGCCAAAGACCGGAUUGAAAUCACAAGCUUGCUUCCCAGCAGGACUCUGUCAGUAAAUAGUUUAGAUGUUUUAGGUCCUUGUCUUGUUUGUGGAACUGAUGCAGAAGCAAUUUAUGUUACUAGACAACUUUUUUCAUGAAAGUGCCAUAAUUAUAAGAUUGCAAGUAAACACACAGCCUUUUGAAUUUCAACUUAUGAGCAAAAUUGUUAUUAGAAAACGUAAGGUGGGCAGUAGAAACAUCAGUAGGCUUGUUAAUAUUGAUGGCCCAGUUUCAACUUUUGUUAGUUAGACAUUCCUAUAAUAGUUGCAGAAUCCAGUAGAUACCUGAUGGUAAAGAAUUUGAAUAUGUGCAAAAUAAUCAAAGGAACUCUUGUCCUGCCUUCAAACAAACUAUUUUUGAUAGCCUAUGGAACCAGCCCUUCAUUUUUGAUGUUGGAGGACAUACUGUGUUAGAUACCACCCUCCCACCACCCCCCCAACUGGUUCCUGUAAUUUUAUGAUCAGUAUGUAGGUCUACCCAUCCUUCGCAGCAUUCACCAGUGUUCAUGUUUAUUCUCUUUAUUGCAAGCAUUUUCUUCAGUCCUUCCACAUCUUAUUUCCUUAAUAAUUUGGAUAAAUUUUUUUCAGAAAAUGAGUAGAGCAAAAAUAACAAAUUUAUACUCAGGUUCAAAACUUUUUAAAGGUGAAAAUGUAUUGACAAGUUCCUUUAUUAUAGUAGUUUUGAACAGAACUCAGUCAACUGCUUUAGACCUACACUAAUUUUUUUUUUUUUUAAUAAAAAAAAAUACAUUUUUUUUCUUAAGGAAUUUUGUGUUUUUGUUUGGUUUUGAAGCAGUUGAAAACUGCUGAACUGGAUGUUGUGCUGUAAAAUUAAAAAAAAAAACUUUAUAUUAAGUGAACUGACUUCCUGAGUAAAAUUUCAUAGGUAUCAUAUGAAGAGGUGGUGAGAUUUUAAAAAUUUGCCAUUGUUAUCCUUAUCAGAAAUGUUAGUGAUAACCUCGUGACAUUGUCUUUCUAAAGUUUGUUAAAUGCACUAUUGAACUGUUAAGGCCUUAGUGACAAAUGGUUGCUAUUACACAAUUGAAGUAUGCAUUCAUUUACUUGGUAAUUACGAUAGUGGUAAUUCUGGAAAGGUUUUACUUUUCUCUCCAACUAAAUAUUUCAACUUUCUUUUAUACCAUUUAACCCAGAGUUUUGGGUUUUCUUGAUUGUUUGAGAUUUUGGGGUCAAAAUUUUAAAAUGAAAUAUAUGUGUAUAUAUUUGGAUCAAUAAUUUCAAUUAAAGAUUUCUAAUAACUGAAUUUCAAAGAACCUAAGAAGUAAAGGAAAUGAUGUGGAAUAUUUAAUCUGUUUAUAGUUUUAUUGCUGGGACUAAUUUUGAAGACAUUUUUGUUCUUAUAAAAGUAAUUAGUUACAUAAUAAUACAAAAUUUAAAAAACAGAAAAGAGAAAAGUAAUUAAUUACAGGAAAAACAAAAAAAUUUAAGUAUCCAUGAUCUCAAUCAGAGACAACUAAUAGUCUUUACAGACCCUUUUCUAUGUAUUAAUGUACAUAAUUUUUUAUAACAAUGAGAAUGUAGAUGUUAACAUUUCUAAACCCACAUUCCCUAGCAGUAAGCAUAUUUCUCUGCUAUCAUUUUGAAUUGUUUUGGUUGCCUAUGAUUAUUUCACAUGUUCCCAGCUUUUUACUGUUAUGAUUAGUGCUGUAAUGUUUAUUUCAUUUGUAUUUUAAAAUUUGUUUAUAUCUUUAGCCAUUUUUAUUAUCUUAGGUAUUUUAGCAUUUACUUAUAAAUUUCUAAGAGCUUUUUAUAUGUAAGAAUUUUUUGUCUUUGAUCAAAUAAUGCAAACAUUUUCAGUUUUAUCUUUCAGGUUUGUAUAAAUGUUAACCUAUUAUUCCUUCUAUUUUAUGGUUUCAUAUUUGACAUGUAAUUAUUUUUACAUUUGGAAUAUAAUUAUCUAAUACAUCCAAAUUUUUUUCUUUUUAAACUUUUUAUUUAUGAAUAAUUUCAAACAUUUAUAAAUGGAGUACUUAAUGAACCCACGUACCUAUCACCCAGCUUUAAUACUUAACAACCAUGACCUAUCUUAGUUCAUCUCUGCUCCAUCUACUCCCAACCCUGCUCUGGAUUUUUUUUAUAAGCAGUUUUAUUGAAAUAUAUUCACUCUACAUACAGUCUGUCCAAAUGUUCAAUCAGUGGCUCUCAGUAUAGUCACAGAGUUGUGCAUUCAUCACCACAAUCAAUUAUAGAACAUUUUCAUUACCACAUAAAGAAAAACCCCAUAAACCUUAUUCCCCCAAUUGUUGACACUUAGCACUGGUCUGGUACCUUUGUUAUAAUUGAUGAAAGAAUAUUAAAACAUUACUUUUAACUUUAGUCCAUCGUUUGCAUUAGGUGUAUUUUUUCCCAUAUAUCACCCUUUUGUUAACAUCUCAUAAUGGGGACCUAUAUUAGUUAUGGUUCAUGAAAUGGCAUUCAUGUAUUUGUACUAUUAACCACAGUCAUCGUCCACAAGGUUCAACUGUUAUACAAUCCAAUAUUCCAUCCUCUAUCUUUCCUUCUAGUGACGUACGCAAACCUAAGCUUUCCCUUUUGGCCACAUUCACACACAAUUCAGCACUGUUAAUUACACUCACAGUAAUGUACUACUAUCACCACCAUCUAUUUCCAAACCUUUACAAUCAACCUAAAUAGAAAUUCUGUACAAAUUAAGCAU